AUGAGUGACGCGGCCACAGCCUGUGAACUCCGCACCUGGUACGAGAAAGGUAAGCUUGGGGCACUGGUGGUCAGAAAUCCAACAGGCGCAGAGCCAUGUGCUUGGCCUUUUUCCCUGUGUGGAGGAAAUGCCACGAGGCACAGUUGUCGUAAUUCCAUAUUGAUAUCACAUAUUACAUUUCUAAGCUGCAGGACAUACCGUGGUGAUAUCAUAUAAUUAUUAUUUAUUGAUUUCCAGACUACUGACCCGCCUGGUAGGGCCGGCAUAAUGAAAUAUCAUUCUUAUCAUGAAAUUUACUGAUGCCCUGCUUCCCGUCCCCCUUUGGGAUUCCUGGCAGCUGACCGAUAAAAAUGUUUAUAUAUCUAUGGUUCCCAUCUGCAAGGGUCAGGCUAGAUGACCCCUGGUUCCUCACCCCUCCGCCCUUCCCCUGCAGGACUCAACGGGAGCUUCCCAGUGGAGCUGAGCCUCGGAAGCCAGAUUGUCCCCUGUGGCGAAGCCCUGCGUCACCCUCAGGUGCCCGGCGCCCCCUGCUGGCCUACACCGGAAGAAUCCGCAGUGCUUUCCAGGUGGGUCUUGGGCUCCUCACCCUCCCCGGCCGCUCCUUAUCUGGAGCAUGUCAAGAGCGCAGGUGACCUUCUCGGUGAUGAGUGUGGCACUGGACAACAUGUAGUUCAGGAACUGUCGCCCCCAAAGUAA